AUGGGCUUCAAGAAGAACCUUUUCUGUGCGGGCGCUUUCGCCCUUGGCGCCCUUGCCGCACCCCUGCCUGACUGCCCGGAUCCCGCCCCAGCUGCCGGCGGUCCUGCAGCCCUGACUGCGGCUACGCUUAUCGCCAUCGCCCCCAAGACCGAAUCCUGCGCAGGUGCAGACUUCCCCGACGAGUGUGCAGAUGCCUCAAAGGCCGCCACUGCUUUGAACGAGGCAUUCAAGACCUACAAGAUCACCUCAAAGGGAGAGCAGGCCGCAAUCGUUGCCUAUGAGCUAUUCGAGAGCGGCGACUUCAAGUACAACAAGAACCACUUCCCCGGUCGCCCCGGACAGGGAACAAGGAUGAUGGCCAUGCCCAACUACGUCGAGCAGUACGCCACCAGUGUCGCUGGCGCAGAUGCCGUUGCAAAGGCCAAGGCUGCAGGAGGCGACGCCGGUUUGGUAGCCGUGCUUGCCCUUGUCAACAGCGACGACGAGAAGAGCUUCGGCAGCGCAGCCUGGUUCGUAAGCACAGUGUGCAGCCCUGAAGUCCGCGCCGGCCUUGCUGCUGCCACAAAGGACGGCUGGGACAAGUUCUUGAGCGAAUGCGUCGAGACGCCCGCCGACCCUGCACGCGACCCUGCCUGGACUGCUGCCAUUGCCAACAUCAAGUAA